AUGAGUUGCAUGGAUUUGAAGCAAACAAAUAUUCAUGAUAUUACUGAAAAAGAAAAUGAAGGUAAAGAAAAUAUUUUAGUAGAAUCUAAUAAGAAAAUGGGAAACCAUGAGAAUAAGAAAUGGGAAAGGUUCAAUAAGAAUAAUCGAAACAAUAAUAAUAGCGAAUUAUAUAACCAGAAGAAUUUAGUCAAAAUGAACUCUAAUCAUAAUAAUAAUUGUGAAGAUAAAGAUAACGAGUGGGCUGAUUUGAGAAGUGGAGCAAAUACUAGUUUUCGUAAUUCCAUUAAGAAUAAUGAAAAUUUGAUAUUUUCAGGAAAUAAUAAAAAAGAUAAUGGAAUGGAACAAGAAAGUUGGAGAUCUAAUAAAAAAUUUGAUGAUAUGAAUAAUAGAAAUAACAGUUUGAACAAUAAUGAUAUGAGUAAUAAUAAUAUGAAUAGUUCAGAUAAUUCAAAAUUAAGUUUUAGUAGGAAUUUUAAAAAUAGUUUUAAUAAAGGUAUGAAUAGGAAUAAUUCUAUUACUGGUAAUGUAAAAGGAAUUAAUAAUAAGAAUUAUAAUUACAUGAAUAAUAAUCAAGAAAAUGGUACAAAUAAUAAUGAUAUGAAUGGAAAUGACCAAAAUAAUUAUAAUGGUAUAUUUAAUAAUAAUUUUACAAAUUUAAACAAUAAAACUUUUUAUAAAAAUAUGAAUAAAAAUAACAAAUUUAAUAAAACAAAUAAUCGCAAUAAUAAUAAUAAUAACAAUAAUAAUAAUAAUAAUAAUAAUAAUAAUGAUGAUGGUAAUAUUAAUUAUCAAAAUACCAACGAAUUUAAAGAUAAUAAAAAAAAUAUGAACUUUAAAAAUCAAUAUAAUAAUACUUAUAAAUUUGAUGAAAAUAUGAAUAAUUCUAAUACUAUGCAUAGUAGAAAUUCAAAUGUAGAAGAACAUCUAAGAAAUAAUUCUAUCGAUAUGAAUAAUUCAAAUUUAAAUAAUUAUAAUAAUCAACAAACAAGAUUUUCAUCUCUUAUGGAAAACGAAAAUGAAAAUAAAAAUUAUCAUAAUGGAGGAAUGAAUAAUAAUAUUCCCUUUAAAAAUAAGUACGACAAUAAUAAUAGUUCCAUGAAAAAUACAGAUAAUAAUAAAACAGAUACAUCAUAUAAUAUGAAAGGAACAAUUAAUAAUGACAAUAAUAAUAUUGAUUAUUUAAGAAAUAUUAAUAAUAUUAAUGAAUAUAAAGGUUCGGCAAAAAAUAAAUUUUACACGAAUUAUAUGAAUAAGAAUAAUUUAAAAUAUGCCCAAAAUAAUAAUGAUAAUAUGAACACUAAUGAAGAUAAUAAUAAUACUAAUAAUAAUAAUAAUGGUGCUUUUUCAAAUUAUCAAAAUAAUAAUAUGAAUAGAAAUAAUAGUAUAAACAUGAAGAGAAACCUUAACAACAAUAACAAUAAUAAUAUGAAUAAGAUGGGAUCUCAAGAUAAAAAUCAAAAUUCAAAUAAUAACUUUUAUAUGAAUUAUAAUCAUCAAAAUAGGAAAAAUAGUAUGAACAAUAAUAUGAAUAAUAAUAUGAACAAUAAUAUGAACAAUAAUAUGAAUAACAAUAUGAAUAACAAUAUGAAUAACAAUAUGAAUAAUAAUAUGAAUAAUAAUAUGAAUAAUAAUAUGAAUAAUAAUAUGAAUAAUAAUAUGAACAAUAAUGUAAAUAAAAAUAAUAAUUACUCCAAUAUAAAUAGUUUGGAUAGUGAUAUGAGUCCAAAUUAUCAUGCCCAUGUUAAAAUGAAUAUGAUGAAUUAUAAUAAUAAUGAAUCUAACUCACCUAAUCCUAACCAAAUGAAUUUUGAACAAACUAAUAAUGAUAAUAUGAAAAGGGAAAAUAACAAUAUGAAUAAUUAUGGUUAUGAUGAUAACACAGUACAUGCAAAUAAUAAUAGUCCACCAACUGAUUUUUUUAGUAGAGCGGUUGGUUGUAAUAAUAACUAUUUAAAUAACAAUAAUAACAUGAAUAAUGCAGUAAAUAAUAAUUCCUCUAAUGAAAACAGUAUGAAAAAUGAAAAUAAUGAUAAUAAAACUGUUGCAGAUAAUAAUGAUAACCUAAGCAAAAAUAACAAUAAUAUUAAUAUGAACGAAAAUGUUAACAAUAAUAAUAAUUUAAAUAAUAAUAAUAAUAAUGAAUAUAAUAACCAAAAUAACAAUGAAGAUGAAGAUGACGACGACUGGGGAGAACUAGGAGAAGACAAAUACAUAGACAUAAAUUCAAUUAUGAAGAAAAAGAAUGUUAUUUUAAAUCAACUAGAGGCAGAUUUAAAUGAUUUAUCAAAAAAAGGAAAUGACGGAAAAAAUAAAAAAAAGAAUAAAAUGAAAAAAGAUGAUUUGUUUGUAUUGCCACAUACGAAUACCUUAUUAGUCGAUAAGAAAAAGAAUAAAAAGAAUAAAAAUAAAAAUGCAAAGAAUAAUAAUACAAAUAAUAGUAACAACAACAACAAUAAUAAUAAUGAUAAUAUUUUGAAGAAAGACAGUGAUGCAAAUGAUAAAAAUGCAAAACAAAUUGUUAAUACUAGUGGCGCUAAUAAAAAGAAAGGAAAAAAAACAGGAGUAGAAGCAAAUAGUAAAAAUGUCGAACAAAAAGGAGAUACUACAACGUCUAACAAAGAAGAUGAAGAAGUAAAAAAUGAUGAGGCAAAUAAUAAGCAAAAGGAUUUAGUUGAAGAUAAAAAUACAAAUAAUGUAAACGAUGUUGACACAAAAGCUGAUGGAGAUGAUAAUAAUAAUAAUACUAAAGGCGAAGAAGAUAAUAAAGAGAAAAAAGAAGAUGACAAUACUGUUGUUGAAAAACCAGCAAAAGCUUUAUAUGUUUUUAAAAAGAAAGAAAAUAUGUCACCUAUAGAAUAUAUGGAAAGACAAGUAAAAAGCUUGCUUAAUAAAUUAACUGUAGAAAAUUUCCCUAUUAUUACAGAAAAAAUGUGUCAAAUUAUGGAAUCUCGAUUAAAUACUGAUGAAAUACAAACAGUAGUAAAUCAAGUUAUUGAUAAAGCUGUAUUAGAACAUGAUUGGUCAGAAAUGUAUGCAGAUUUAUGUCAAACAUUAAAAUGGAGAUCACCAAAUUUUGAAAUGAAAAAGAAAACAUCCUUUGAAAUUGCAUUAUUAAAAAAAAUUCAAGAACAAUAUGAAAACUUACCAAGUACAUUUGAAUCCACUAUGAAAGAAAAAUUAAAAAAUGAUGAAAAUGAAGAAGAAUUAAGUUUUGUUGAACAAAAACAAAAAAAAAGAUUAUUAGGAAUUGUAAAACUAAUAGGAGAAUUAUUCCAAAGACAAAUUGUUUCUAUAUCUAUUGUUAUAAGUAUAGCACAUGAUUUAUUGAUUGCAUAUGAAGAACCAAAAGAAUAUUGUAUUGAAGCAUUUCUUCAACUAAUUUAUUCUACUGGAUUCUUUAUAGACAAAAUUGAAAAAUAUAAAAAUGUUUUAGAUACAUGGUUUGGUAGGUUGAAAGAAUUACAAAGAAAAAAAAUGUAUUCUAAAAGAAUUAAAUUUGUUAUUCAAGAUGUUUUUGAUUUAAGAUCAUCUGAAUGGAGAAAAAAAACACACAAAGAUACAGCCAAGGGAUUAAAUGAAUUAAGAUCCCAAUUAGAAACUGAAGAAAUGAUGGGAGGUUCUAUACACUUAGCUCAACUUGGUAAUAUUGUUAUUGUGGGGGAAAGACAUAAUUUAAGAAAUAAUGAAUCCUAUUCAAAAUAUAUGCAAGAACAAGAAAAACUGAGUAAACAAAAUCAAAAAAAAUAA